CAAUUGAGGAUAGACGUGUGAACUGUCAAGAAUAUUCUAUUGGUGGAUUUCACCACUAUCAGCUCGGAAGGAGAAAUUUUAACAACGGAAUAGCUUUUCAGUGGUUAGUUGACCAAGACCACUUUUCAAAUAAUUCAGAUUAUUUAUUUGGGCGUGUUGGUGUGUUUAAAGCUUAAAUCCUAACAGAAGUGAAUAUCUUAACAAGAAACCUCGAAGGAAAGUUAAUCUGUAAUCUGAAAAAUUCUACCUGACCAAAUGGAACAAACACAAAUUAGCGACGCCGAGAAAGUGCGAAUUGUUUCCGACUUUAUUAUGCAUGCGCCACCUGGUGAAUUCAACGAAGUUUUCACCGACGUACGUCAAUUGCUCAACAAUGAUGCGUUGCUAAAAGAAGGGGCUAGCCAUGCCUUCGCACUAUACAACAAAGAGCAAUUAACUCCGGUGCACAUUGAGGGUGGCGAAUAUAAUGCACUUAUAUCCGAACAUAAUGAUUUGGGUAAGUUCAUUACUAUGAAGACGGCAACGUCCAACUUGUUUCAACCAAGGAGUUCAGGGAAUCAGUGGUUGUAUCUAAUGAGCAGCAAGUGGCCAAGGAAGUUAUACGUUUGAUUGAAGAAGCUGAAAAUGAAUAUCAAUUAGCGAUUUCAGAAAACUACCAAACAAUGUCUGAUACUACCUUCAAAGCGAUGCGUCGUCUUUUACCAAUUACUAGAACUAAAAUUGACUGGGGAAAAAUAGUAACGUACAGUAUUGGUAAAGAAUUAAAAACGCAAUAAGGUUCGGGAGAUAUUGAGGGCGGAGAAAACUGUGAGAGGAAUACCGACAUAUAAGAAUUAAAAUAUUAAAUUUCGGAUUGCCCAUUCAAUCUUCUUAUAGCAUUCAUAAAAGAUCUAAAUUCAAAAAUCUACAAAUUAAACGGGUUUAAAAAAUAAUAGAUUUAAAUCGAGAGUUUAAAAAUUACAGAAACUCCUUGUAUGUGUAAUCCUAUUAAUCACAUGAUGAUAAUUUAAAUGAAAAAAUAAAACUCUUUUCAUAAUUGAAA